AUGAAGGAGUUCCGUGGGUCUCUGUUAUUAGCGGAUGUUAAUUGUUUCACUGAAGGUAAAAACCAUUUCAAUGCUUUACUUAGUGAUCAGGAAGUGAGAUGGAAGCAGAGAACUAAGGUUUUUUGGCUGAAAGAAGGUGAUAAGAACACCAAAAUUUUCCAUUCUGCAGCUUCAAAUCGUCACAAGAACAGUAUUGUGCGUUUGCGUGAUGCUUCUGGUGAUUGGAUGGAAGAUAAGGAAGCGUUGGGUGGUCUUAUUUCUAGGUAUUUUGCAGAUAUCUUCACUUUUACAGCGGGGGAUGUUGAACCUGUGGUAGAGCAUAUUCUAAAUUGUGUUUCGGCUACUGAUAAUGAUCUUUUGACAAUGCCUUACACUUUGGAUGAAAUCAGCGAGGCGAUCUUCAGUAUGCACCCUGAAAAAGCCCUAGUUCAACAAACCUUACUGGUUCUUAUCCCCAAGAAGAAUACUCCGGAGAGCAUGUCAGAUUUAAGGCCGAUAGCAUUGUGUAACGUUAUUUACAAGAUAAUGAGUAAAGCAAUUGCAAUCCGGCUUAAGAAGGUGUUGCCGUUUAUUAUUUCUACUUCGCAGAAUGCCUUUGUUCAUACUAGAAGUAUGCAAGACAACAACAUUGUUGUAUUUGAGCUUAUGCACUUUUUCUUGAAUAAGCGGAAAGGUAAGGAAGGUUUUGAUGCUCUUAAAAUAGAUAUAUCCAAAGCUUAUGACAGAUUGGAGUGGAAUUAUAUUUCGGUGGUUCUUUCUAAGAUGGGGUUUGAUCAACAUUGGAUUACUAAUUGUAUCUCGACAAUGAACUAUUGGGUUCUUCAUGCCGGUCAGCAUUUGGGGCCUAUUAUACCCUCCAGGGGCGUGAGACAACUUCUUCCGUUGAAAAUGAUUUCCUUCCCGUCAAAGUUAAGCAUCUUUGCGGCAAAUUAG